AUGUCGAAUUCUCCCGGUCCACGAAACUUUAGUCUACGAAACGUCAACUCUAACAAACCCCAAGUGCAUCAAACAGAAUCCGCGCGAUCUAUCGCUGCAUCAGACGACUAUUACUCUUUCUCAGAACCACGAACAUCUUCAAGUCCGGAGAGCCGUAUCACUGCAAUGCGGUUUGCGACUCCUGAUUCUCAUCCGUCUUCUCAGGCGUCUUCGCCGACGGUACCACGUCAACAGCAACCGACUGCUCAAGAUCUAGGAUCUCCUCGGCCACCAACCACUAGUACAGUUCGGUUUGGUGAAGAUAGAAUUGCUCGAAUCAGUCCUAAGUCAGAUGAGACUGUUCGCCGUGUACCAAGUGACUAUGCUGGCCCGGCUCCUACUCCUGGGUUGGACGACACACCUUAUGUCCAAUUCGCACUUAACCAACUUACUCGGGAGGAGGAAGCCAACGGCCCAAGUCGACAGGAUUCAGUAUCUACCACUAGAGAUGAAUACCCUGCUGAUCGCUUAGUGUGGGACGAAGGACUUGGAUACUUCACUCGCACUCGAACCCCGAUUCGAUAUACUGAAACACCUCAACGACCCAAGUACAAGUCGCCCUCCCCACAAGCUCUACCGCAAAGGCCGAAUUCAAUUGAUCCCGAAUCAUUUGUUGCCGUUGAUCCACCAGAGAAAAGUUUAAUGUACCCUGCUCUUGACUAUUUACCUUUGGUACUUCGACCAUGGGCUCUUUUACUCGCCAUCUUCAGCUGUCUUCUCAUGAUCGCUGGGAUAGUUUUCUGCAAUGUCUGGUCUCAUGGACAUCAAGGGCUCUGGGGCUAUGAAGGUAAAGGCGGCACCCGGUAUUUCGUACUCCAGUUUCUUCCUCAGAUUCUAGCUGCGCCUAUCAUCUUCUGGAUGUUUGUGAUCCAGGCAGCUGUUUAUCGCACAGCGCCGUUUGCUAUUAUGGCGUCUGAAAGCAAACGAGGAAAUGUUUUGCAAGGAUUACCUAUUCUUCCUCGAAACUUUCUCCUCCCUGACUUUUCGCAUUUUCAACAUGGCGAAGUCCUUUUCGGAUUCUCUUUGUUUACUAUUUGGCUUUCGAACUUCUUCGCCAUCCCUCUUCUUAGCUGCCUUUUCCAAGCUAAAUACUACAUUAUCGAUGGUCAGGGUGUAUGGAGAUGGGCCUCGGUGCAAUCUGUUGGAUGGACAUUAGUUGGAUCUUAUGGACUUCUAGUUCUUGGCCUCGUGCUUGUACUGCUCAGAUUUGUACGAGGAUGGACUGGCUUGAUGUGGGAUCCAGUUUGUCUGGCAGACCUUGUCUCCAUCGUUCAAAGAUCCAACAUUCUCCACGACUAUGAACACUCAGAGACAGUCCCUAAAGUUAAAGACACACUUGACUCUCGCGUCCUCCGCCUAGGAUACUGGAAGUUGUCAAUGAAACCCGAGAUAUUCUACGGUAUCGGAGAAGUUGAUGCGCCAAUUCGUACUCCGUCGCUUCAUCAGACCGAGAAGAGUCGGGACAAGCAGCCCCAAGGACUGACAAAGGUUCGCUUCGAUCUCGAACACCACGGUGCAUUCGCCAACGACCCAUUCGACCACCAUCUGUACUCGCCCUUCACUCGAUACCGCUGGAUUCCAUGGUUUCUUCGCAGCCCCGCCGUAAUCAGCUGGACCAUUAUUGUCUUCGCUCUAUUCAUUGCAUUCGUCACCGUCAGCUUCGUCAACAAUGCCAUUAUCGGCGGAUUCCCUCCAAAACUUCCAACUCUCCCAUCCACAACCGCCUUCUCCUCCUCAAACUUCCUAUACAGCUUCAUCCCCGCCUUAAUCGGAAACGUCCUCUUCCUCGCUUGGCAACCACUCGACCUCUACUUCCGUGCCCUCCAGCCAUUCGUCGAACUCUCUGCACCUAGCGGUGCCUCCGCCGACAAAAGCAUUCUCCUAUCCUACCCUUCCUCUCUUCCAUUCCAAGUAACAAUGCAGGCCAUCAUCAAUGGCCACUACAAAGUCGCCUGGCUAUCAUUCAUGAGCCUCAUCUCAGUCUCCAUCCCCAUUCUCGCUGGAGGCAUCUUCAUCGCCCUCUGGUAUCCAUCAGACAACGCUGUCCGCAUCUCAGCCCUAGUGCCAGCUUACUACGCUCUUAUCGCCUUCUGCGCUUUAUACGCCGUCUCAACUCUAGCUAUCUGGCCAGGUCGCCGUCGUCAUUUACCCCAUGACAUAAGCACAUUAUCCGAUCUUAUGACAUUUUUAUACCAGUCUCCACUUCUUGCUGAUAAGCUUCUCCGUGAGCCGCGCAGUAAGACUGACCUUGUUACUCGUCUUAUUGUUGCACCACCCUCUGAGCGCUUGUUGCCCAUGUACGGCUUUGGAAUAUACGUUGGCCGUGAUGGUAAAGAGCAUCUCGGUAUUGAUCGAUUUACUCGACCUGGUCGAACAGAUAUGCUUAUUACGACGGGGUCGAUGAAAUAA